AUGAAAGCAUCACUUUUCGUCCUCUUAUUUGCUCUCUUCGUCUGCCUCUCGAUUGCAGCACCAAUACCACCGGCAAAUACGCCACAUGGCAAUUUCAAGGUUGUCUCUCCAGCGCAAGGAUCGUACAAACAAUGGAGUGCUCAAUCAGUUUCGUGGGUUGUUGAUUGGAAUGAACCAUCUCCUUGGAACAAGCAAGUACAUGUCGCCAUCGUUGGCAACAACGGGUUUUGGAAAUACAUUGGAAAGUUCAGCUAUGGCGGUGGCUUCGCUCAAAUCAACCUCGACUCAUCAUACACCAUCGGAAAAUGGUAUUAUGCUUAUGUGUACCGCGAUGAUGAUAACAACAUAGCUGCUACUGGACCAUGGUUCGGUGUAAAUUAA